AUUGCCAGAUCCAAAGAGAUCUAUUAAAAACUACCCAAGUCAAAGAAUUAAGGAAAUUAGCAGUCGCUUGAAAAGUUUAGAAGAAGAAUCCUUAAAUUGCCAUAAUUUUGAGAACUACUUAAAAACUCCGAAUAUUGAUAUUUAUGCUCCUGAGAUCAAAGUUACUAUCAAAAAUAAGAAGAAACAGUUGAUUAAAAAGACACAAACAUAGAAAAUUUUAAAGAAUCCUCUAUUAAUAAAACAAUGGUUGAUAAUACUACGAAUUCUAAAAGAAAUAUCAGAUACAAUAACAUUACCAAAGCAAAGCUGAGAGUCAGCGAUUUUGUUCACAAAAAGUUUUCUAAUAAAAGUUGAUUGACUGUUUGUAAAAGACAAAUAAGAGAGUACUUAUCCUUAGACAAGAUAAACUUUGAUAAGCCAGACAUUAAUCCAUCAUUGCCUCAUUCUCCAUUAUUCAAAAACAAUGCUUUACGUAUUAUGGAUAAAGAUUAAAAGUACUAUCUCUAAGCCAAAAUUUUAGUACUGAAUGGGUUAGAUCAGGAAAACAUAAUAAUUAUUUUGGAAAGCAAAGAAAAAUAGUGCUUUCAAGAAGUUUUGAAGAAAAUUUACCUGUAAAUACCAAAAAAAAAUCCCCUCUUAAACACAAUCUGCUAAAGACGAAAUUGUUUUCUUUAUCAAAACUACUAGAUAUUUCAAAAUCUUUUGAAAAUAUUGGAUCAGUUAAAGGCUCGUGUGAAAGAAAGAGUAAUUUAAUUAAAAAUUCUCUUCAAUCAUCUAAAUAACUGGAAAAUACAUAAACUGUUUUCUACAAAGGCCAAACAGCAUGCUCCUAAAAUACAGAAGAAGCCAGUCUACGCCUGUUCUUCAAGGUAUAUUAAGAAGAAAAAACGAAUGAAAUUUCUAAAGCCUAUGCCUACAAACAAAUAUAAAGAUAUUCAUCUCAUAAUGAGCAAGCAAGGAAUUUUGAAAACAAGUCAUAAACUAGUUCCUUCUGUUUUGCCUCCUCUUUCAGAUCCACGAGAUUAAUUUUUAUCCUAGAAUGCUUCAAUAUGCUCACUUACUGCUCAGAGUGAAUAGUUUAUGAACUAAAUUGCACAGAAUUGAUACCAAAAUUCUAAUUCUGCCAAUA